UAAAUCCUACCUCCUGCACGCUUUAAAAACAGUAUGAAGCAGCUUUAACGGAGCGUCUGAUAACUAAUUUCAAGCAUGGCUGUCUAGCGUGCCUGUCACUCCUAUUGUCCUCCCAAACUCUUUCAGACAUUUUGAGCAGAGAGUAUUAAAGCUAUGAGUUAGCAAGGGUUGUGACAUUAAUGGUCCAGAAAGGCUUUAGGCACGCGAGGCAAUGAUGAUUACCGGUGGCUACUUGGAGGACUGCACUGGAUCGCUGUCAUUAAAAAUUAAGCGUGGCUUUUGAGGAAGAUGUGACAACUCCCGGAGGUCUUUCCGCCAUUCCUCCAGGACUUCCACCAUAAGGAAAGAAGCCCCUGGACCAACAUCCUCUAAGAUGUUUAUAUGGACCAGUGGCCGGAGCUCUUCAUCUUACAGACAUGAUGAGAAAAGAAAUAUUUACCAAAAAAUCAGGGACCACGACCUCCUGGACAAAAGGAAAACUGUCACAGCACUGAAAGCAGGAGAGGACCGGGCCAUUCUCCUGGGACUGGCCAUGAUGGUCUGCUCCAUCAUGAUGUACUUUCUGCUGGGAAUCACACUCCUGCGCUCAUACAUGCAGAGUGUGUGGACAGAAGAGUCUCAAUGCACCUUGGUGAAUGCGUCCAUCACAGAAACCUUUAAUUGCUCCUUCAGCUGUGGUCCGGACUGCUGGAAACUCUCUCAGUACCCCUGCCUCCAGGUGUAUGUUAACCUGACUUCUUCUGGUGAAAAGCUCCUUCUCUACCACACGGAAGAGACCAUGAAAAUCAAUCAGAAGUGCUCCUAUAUACCUAAGUGUGGAAAAAAUUUUGAAGAAUCCAUGUCCCUGGUGAAUGUCGUCAUGGAAAACUUCAGGAAGUAUCAACAAUUCUCCUGCUAUUUUGACCCAGAAGGAAACCAGAAGAGUGUCAUCCUAACCAAACUCUACAGUUCCAAUGUGCUGUUCCAUUCACUGUUUUGGCCAACAUGUAUGAUGGCUGGGGGCGUGGUAAUCGUUGCCAUGGUGAAACUCACACAGUACCUCUCCCUGCUCUGUGAGAGGAUCCAACGGAUCAAUAGAUAAAAGCAAAAUGGAUGAGAUCAUUUUCUUUAAAGCUCAAAUACUGUUUUCUUUCAUUCUUCACCAAAGAACCUUAAGUUUGUAAUGUGCAGUCUGUUAUGAGUUCCUUAAUAUAUUCUUAUACGUAGAGCAAUAAUGCAAAAGCUGUUCUAUAUGCAAACAUGGUGUCUUUAUUAUUCAGGAGAAGAAAUAACUGUUUUGUGUUGGUUAGUUGUUUUCAUAAUCUUCUUUUGAUGCUGGAACUAGUACUUCCUUCUCUCGUUCUGCCAAAACAGGGCUCAGUUACUCAUUUGCCAAGCUUUGUGGAAGAAUGUAGAUGAUAUCAACAUGAUAAAGUUUGUGUUCUCAAUUGUCAGAUUUCUUGAAGACAUUUCUGCAAUAUUU